CGUAAGCCAGUCAGAGGAAAGCAAUUUCUACUACUAUUCUUGCUAAUAGAGCGCUCUGCGGCCGGAGAGUGUUGCAAAAUUUGAGAUAUGUACGUACUAUUAUUGCAUACACGUAUGUAUGUAAAUUGUGGCGGCUUUUGUGUGAACUAGGCUUAGUUCUCUGUUCUCCGUAAACGUUACCAACUUCAUGGCUCGUCAAAGUGAACAACACGCAAGGCCAGCAUUUUGUCGUAUGUAUUGAUCUGUCCCUAAAUUGUUAACAAAUAUAGAAAAGUUGUCGUCGGAUAAAAUAGUAUGAAAGCAAUGUCUCAUCAUUAUGUUGUGACGGCACACAAGCCUACGGCUGUCAAUGCGUGUGUGACAGGUAAUUUUACUUCGCCUACGGAUUUAAAUCUGAUCUUGGCAAAGAAUGUCCGAUUAGAAAUCUAUCUGGUCACACCGGAAGGCUUAAGACCACUGAAAGAUGUUGGAAUUUACGGAAAGAUUGCAGUCGUUAAAUUUUUUAGACCGCCGCAUGAGAAAAAAGACCUAUUAUUUUUGUUGACCACCCGCUACAAUGCGAUGAUUUUGGAAUGCGUCGGAGAAGGAGAAGACAUAGAAAUUAUAACUAAAGCACAUGGGAAUGUGGCGGACCGUAUCGGUAAAGCUUCGGAAACAGGAAUUAAAGCUGUAAUCGAUCCUAAAGCACGCGUGAUCGGUCUUAGAUUGUACGAUGGCCUUUUCAAAAUAAUACCACUGGAUAAGGAUAAUCCAGAAUUAAAAGCAUCGUCGAUACGUAUGGACGAGCAACAAGUGCAAGAUGUGAAUUUUCUUCAUGGAUGUGCUAAUCCGACGUUAAUUUUAAUUCACCAAGAUAUUAAUGGCAGACAUGUCAAAACGCAUGAGAUCUCUUUGCGAGAUAAAGAGUUUGUUAAGACACCGUGGCGACAGGACAACGUGGAACGCGAAGCUAUGAUGGUUAUCCCAGUUCCUUCCCCUAUCUGUGGAGCAAUAAUAAUAGGUCAAGAAAGUAUAUUGUAUCACGACGGGACCACGUAUGUGGCUGUCGUACCGCCGAUCAUUAAACACAGUACAAUUACGUGCUAUGCUAAAGUUGAUAAUCAAGGAUUGAGAUAUUUGUUGGGAGAUAUGGCUGGACAUUUAUUUAUGUUGUUCUUGGAACAAGAAAAGAAACCGGACGGUACCCAAGUAGUGAAAGAUUUGAAGGUCGAGCUUCUGGGAGAAAUCAGUAUACCAGAGUGCAUUACAUACUUGGACAAUGGUGUAAUAUUUGUCGGUAGUCGUCUUGGUGAUUCGCAGUUAAUUAAGUUAAUUACAAAAGCAGAUGAGAAUGGUUCUUAUUGCGUACCAAUGGAAACUUUCAUUAAUUUGGCACCGAUAGUUGACAUAGCUGUGGUUGACCUCGAGAGACAAGGUCAAGGACAGAUGGUUACAUGCUCGGGUGCUUUCAAAGAGGGCUCGCUUAGGAUUAUUAGAAAUGGAAUAGGUAUCGAAGAACAUGCAAGUAUAGAUCUACCAGGCAUUAAGGGUAUGUGGGCACUGAAAGUUGGUGGUGGCAAUUUUGACAAUACUCUAGUCUUAUCUUUUGUUGGGCAAACUAGAAUCUUGACUUUAAAUGGCGAAGAAGUCGAAGAAACGGAUAUCGCAGGCUUCGUUGCCGACGAGCAGACGUUCCACACAGGAAAUGUUACGAACGAUUUAUUUAUUCAAAUAACACCAAAGUCUGCAAGAUUAAUUUCACAUGAAACGAAAACUAUCGUUUCGGAAUGGGAACCAGAGAACAAAAGAACCAUUAGCGUAGUUGCUUGCAAUGGAACACAAGUACUUUGCGCGACCGGUAAUGAUUUGUUUUAUAUGGAAAUUGCAGAUGGACAGAUCGUACCGAAAGGGUUUGCUACUUUGCAGUAUGAGGUUGCAUGUUUAGAUAUAUCCCCGUUAGACGGAAACACCGAAGCAAAGAUUGCCGCGGUAGGAUUAUGGACGGACAUUUCUGUUCGCAUAUUAACUUUGCCCGCUUUAGAAGAAAUCAAUAAAGAAUUGCUUGGAGGUGAAAUCAUACCUAGAUCUAUUUUAAUGACUUGUUUCGAAGGUAACACUUAUCUUCUUUGCGCUCUCGGAGACGGUAGUAUGUAUUACUUUACUUUACACAAACAAAGCGGUAUGCUUUCCGACAAAAAGAAAGUUACCCUGGGCACACAACCAACAGUUCUAAGAACUUUCAGGUCUCUGUCCACCACCAAUGUCUUUGCAUGUUCCGAUAGACCUACCGUAAUUUAUUCGUCGAAUCAUAAGCUUGUAUUUAGUAAUGUUAACUUAAAGGAAGUAAAUCAUAUGUGUUCUUUAAACGCAGAAUCAUAUCCAGACAGUUUAGCAUUAGCAACCGACAGUACAGUGACAAUAGGAACGAUCGAUGAAAUACAGAAAUUACACAUCCGAACGGUUCCGCUUGGAGAAUCACCAAGACGCAUUGCUUAUCAAGAAAGUUCUCAAACCUUCGGAGUAAUAACGAUGAGAGUCGAUGUUCAAGACAACAUCGGCCUCUGCAUCGUAAGACCCUCUGCGUCCACUCUAGCAGCUUCAACAUCCGCAGAGACGACUUCUAGUAGCAGUUUAAUCGCAUCGCAUAUUAAACCUACGGGAUAUACAUCCGGUGAAAUCGGUCAAGAAAUGGAAGUACAUAAUUUACUUAUCAUAGAUCAACAUACUUUCGAAAUUUUACACGGCCAUAUGUUAAUGCCCACUGAAUACGCAUUGUCAUUGAUAUCGACUAAAUUAGGCGAAGAUCCUACGUCCUAUUAUGUGGUUGGAACUGCGCUUAUUAAUCCGGAUGAAACCGAGCCCAAAAUGGGCAGAAUACUUUUGUAUCAUUGGAACGACGGGAAGCUUAUACAAGUUGCUGAAAAAGAAAUCAAAGGUUCAUGUUACUCUUUGGUCGAGUUCAAUGGGAAACUUCUAGCCAGUAUUAACAGCACUGUUCGCCUGUUCGAGUGGACAACUGAAAAAGAGCUUAGGUUGGAGUGCAGCCACUUCAAUAAUAUCAUUGCACUUUAUCUGAAAACAAAAGGAGACUUCGUUUUAGUUGGUGAUCUUAUGAGGUCUCUUACGUUACUGCAGUAUAAGACUAUGGAAGGCAGCUUUGAAGAAAUAGCGAGGGAUUAUAAUCCAAACUGGAUGACGGCUAUCGAACUUUUAGAUGAUGACACUUUCUUAGGAGCUGAAAAUUGUUUUAAUCUGUUUGUUUGUCAAAAGGAUAGUGCGGCAACUUCCGAAGAUGAAAGACUACAAAUGCAGGAAGUUGGACAAUUCCAUUUAGGUGAUAUGGUCAACGUUUUCCGACAUGGAUCGUUAGUAAUGCAGAACUUGGGUGAAUCGAGUACACCUACACAGGGUUGUGUACUAUUUGGGACUGUUAGUGGGGCAAUUGGUUUAGUUACGCAGAUUCCAUUCACAUUUUAUGAGUUCCUACGAAAUAUUGAGGACAGAUUAACCAGUGUUAUAAAGAGCGUCGGUAAAGUAGAACAUAAUUUUUGGAGAAGUUUCAAUACCGAACUGAAAAUUGAACAAUGCGAAGGUUUCAUAGACGGUGAUUUAAUCGAAAGCUUUCUUGAUUUGAGUCCGGAUAAAAUGGCGGAAGUUGCAACGGGUCUUAUGAUCGAUGAUGGUAAUGGUAUGAAAAAAGAAGCGACGGUAGAUGAUCUUGUAAAAAUAGUAGAAGAUCUGACAAGAAUACAUUAAGAAUUUAUAUUUCACUGAUUUGUAUAGUUUAUUAUAUUUUGAGAAGUUUAUAGAUAAAUAGGUUAAUAAGAGAACUCGUAAUUAUUUGAGAAAGAAUGGAAAGAGAAGUACAUACUAUUAUCUAUUUAUAUCACUGAUAGUACAAGAAAGCAAGAAGUCGCGUUUCCUUGUUCUUUUCCAGUGAAGACACAUUUUUUAUUCGUAUACACCUGCGCUCUCGUACUCUAAUUCAUGUUGCAGUAUUCUCUCCGUAACUGUCAAAAAGAUCUGCCUCUCUCUCUCUCUCUCUCUCUCUCUCUCUCUCUCUCUCUCUCUCUUUAUCAUACGAGCCAGCGAGAAUCGCUCCAAUGCAAGGUGAAGCAAAACAUUACAAGUUUUCUCAUUCUUGAUACUUUUGUAUGAAACUUUUACCGUUUCGUAUUUCUGAUUAAACCAACACCAUACGUAUUGCAGUUACAAUAAUAAUAAUAAUGUUAUAGAAGUAAUUAUAAUCGUAAUCAUAUCGUGUUUUGUGUUAUUUUAAUCGGAAAAAAACAAGAUGAAUACUAUGGUAAAAGUUCAACUGACGAUAAAUCAAAAAUAAGGAAUAUUGAUUUUUGAAUCGUUAUCCUUCUAUACGAUUGGAACACUACAAAAAAUAUAGUACAUCUACGAUAACCAUCGUUCGGCAGACCUGAAAUUGUAGCAGUUAUAUUAUGGAGAGAAUACUGUAUGUAGUAAUGACAACUUGCUUCAGUUACUCUUAUAUAUGAACAUGGAAGUCUUUCGGGAAGUUUUUAAAUAUACAUUAAGAGUGCAUUCUUUAUACAAAUCUACAAUCUAGUUCUUCUACGAGUAUUUCGAGAUUCAUAUGGAUGUAAUGUAUUUUUUAUGGUACUAAAUAAUAAUUGCGUAACUUAACUAAGUACUUAUUUGAAAUAAAUUGAAAAACUUCUUAGUCGACAACAAUUGCUUUCCUUCUUUUGAGGGAUAUUAAUACGUUAAAUACGUUGUGUAAAUGAUUGUCGACAUCAAGUCAUCAAUUAAUAAUUCAUAAUGUUCAGCACAAAGUACAUAAUUGAUUUUCUGGACCGAAUAAUACUUCUGCUUCGAUUUAAACAUUUGGUUCAAUGUGUGCGCGCGCCCGUACGUGCGUGUGCAUACGUAUAUAUGCACACACUUGUUGACAACACAGUUUCGUGUUUUUCUUUGGUAUAGGUUGGUAUAGGUCACAGAACAGUGGUGGAGUGAUAAAAUUUAAUACAGGGUGGUGGAGUGUAGUGACGACACUGCCAUUGGAAUCCAUUAGCAUCAUCAAGUCUCAUUUGUGAGUUCUUCCCUCCACUGUGUGCCCAGAUUGCGAUGGAAACCGGCAGCGGUGAUACGGAGUGGGGAUAACACUGGCAUGAAGGUGGUUGUUCCCCAGUAUAACAUACUUUUAUACGGGAAAAGGAAAGUCCACACACGCGCGCGCAUACGCCACAGUCAUCGUCAUCUGACUGCACCUAACGUGGCGACGCCAGGUAUCGUAUCAAGGCCAGUGUGUCCUGUGGUGUCUAGUGUGCCCAAUGGUGUUAAGGAUUCUGCUCGAAAUCUGCUCCUAGUGGCGGAGAAGAAACCUCGUAAAUGGGAUUGGACGAUUCUAAUGGAUUGCCAAUGGAAAUCCAUUAGCAUCAUCCAAUCCCAUUUACGAUGGAUAAUUCUUCCACUCCUACUUUUCUGGAAGAAAGUCGCAAAGCGAUCAGGCAUCCGAGAGCUUCGGUGCCUACAUACGGAAGGUAGUAUGGUCAGGCGCCAUAGAGCUUUGGUGCAACCCCUUAAUUCUUUUCGAAAUUUUACCGCAAACGGCGCCACCUGUCACAAAUGGCGCCAUCUUUAAAUUUUCAUAUUCCCUCCUUAUUCUGUUUCUUCUCCUUUCCCUUUCCGUCGUGUGCAAACUCAGUGCAUUUAUUUGCUCUAAGUAUGCAGUAUACACUGAAUUAAUGGCGACUUUAAUCUUAAAGAAGACAAGUUAUUCGAAGAAUGUUUGUAUAUAUGAUUGUGUAAGAUUACUUACUAUUAAUACAAGGAAUAAACGAAUGGAAAUCGA